AUGCCACUCGACACCUCCUCCUACUCCCUUGCGCUCCUCCGUCUCGACGGCCGGCGAUGGAACGAGCUCCGCCUCCUGAGAGCCCAGAUCAGCACCCAGGCCUCCGCCGACGGCUCCAGCUAUCUGGAGAUGGGCAACACCAAGGUCAUCUGCACCGUUUCCGGGCCUACAGAACCCAAAGGCACGGGAGGAGCCCGAGCAGGGGGCGAUAAUGCAGAGGUCAAGGUCGAGAUCUCGAUCGCUGGCUUUAGCGGCGUGGAUAGGAAGCGGAGAGGGAAGAAUGACAAACGUAUCUCCGAAAUGGCCACCACGAUAGCGAACGCCUUCACCAAUUCCCUCUUCACGCACCUCUACCCCCACAGCACCAUAACCCUUUCUCUGCACGUCCUCUCCCAAGACGGCUCCCUGCUCGCUGCCCUCAUCAACGCUUCCACGCUCGCGCUCGCCGACGCCGGUAUCCCAAUGCGCGACUAUAUCUGCUCCUGCACCGCCGGCUCCACCUCGUCCUAUUCGUCGAACGACGAGUCGGCUGACCCGCUGCUGGAUUUGAACUCUACGGAGGAAUUGGAAUUGCCGUUCUUGACGGUGGCGACGCUGGGCGCCUCGGAUGAAGUCAGUGUUUUGGUCAUGGAAACGAGGGUGCAGGUCGGUAGGUUGGAGGGUAUGUUGGCCGUUGCUGUGGAUGGGUGCAAACAGGUUAGGGAUUUGCUGGAUGGGGUUGUGAGAACGAGAGGGAAGAAGAUACUCGAGGGGACGACGAAAUUAUGA